UCUCACUCACACCACAUUUGGCCAUGGUGUUCAAGAAGGCCGCAGGGACUGUUAUUAAGCGCAAGCGUGAAGUUGAAGAGGAGACUGUGGAGGAGCGCAAGAAACAGAAGCGUCUCGAACAGAAGGAGCUCAAGAAGAACCGCAAGAAUGCUCGCGCCCACGGUGAUGCCGUGGCCAGGGCAAAGGCUAUCUGGGAGCGGGUUCGUCCUGGGGCGACGGCGAUUUCGGGGGAGAAGCGCUUCAAGCUUGUGGAAGAGCUGAUGACUCUGCUCCGUGGUCAGGUCAUGUCGUUUGCUGCAAAGCAUGAUGGCUCACGCGUCGUUCAGUGGGCACUCAAGGCCGGAUCUGAGCCGCAGCGGCUCGAGAUCUUUGGCGAGCUCCAGGGUCAACUUGCCGAGCUCAUGUGCUCGCCGUACGGCCACUUUGUGGUCCGCGCCUGCCUUGGCUACCUCCGCAAGCCGCAGCUGAAGCAGCUGCUGGAGGAGAUCAGGGGCUCGGUCCGCAAGCUCCUCACCCACCGGACGGCCUCGAUUGUCCUCGAUCGCAUCUACUGCCUCUACGCCAACUCGCACCAGCAGGCCGACAUGAUGUCCGAGCUGUACGCGCCCAAGUUUGAGCUCAUCUUCCCCGGCGAGUCGUCGAGCGCGGUCGAGGUUGAGGACGACGCUGCCAAGGCCGCCAAGGCCCAGCCGAACCUGCCGCUCUUCCACUCGCAGCUGGCCCGCCUGUUGGCUAAGUACCCGGCCAAGGCCGGCCCGGUCAUGGAGUACCUCGCCAAGACCAUCAACGUCGUUGUCCACAAGGGCACGCUCAACUCGACGCUCGCACACGUGGCCCUCGAGCAGUACCUGCUCAACGCCACCGAGACCCAGCGGGCAGCCAUGAUCGAGUCGGUCCGCGACUCGCUCGUCGAGGUCAUGCACACUGCUCCGGGCGCCCGGGCCGCCAUCCUCGCCAUCUCGCAUGGAACGACCAAGGACCGCAAGGCCAUUGUGCGCUCGUUCAAGGGUUUUGUCGCCCGCAUCGCCAUGGAGGAGUACGGCCACCUCGUCCUCAUCCGCGCCCUCACCGUCAUCGACGAUACCGUCCUCACCUACAAGACCCUGCUCAAGGAGCUUGUCGAGGCCCCCGCCGCGCCCGGCGGCGAGACCCCGCCGAGCCUUGCCGAGCUCGUCUGCGACCCGUUUGCCUCGCGCGUCUUUACCAACAUCCUCGCCCUUUGCAAGCCGCAGCAUCUCGCGCCGUGGCAGAUGUACAUCCUCAGCCUGACCAGGGGCAACCGCUCUGGCGACGAAGCCGGCGCCUCGGAGCCCAAGCACUACUCCAAGAAGUCGCCCGAGCUCAUCCAGGCCCAGCUGCUGCAGAAGUUUGCCGCCCCGCUGUUUGCCGCAGCCACCGAGUCUGUCGACGCCGCGCUGAGCGAGACCUCGUCGGCCGCCCUCAUCGCCGAGCUCGUCACCGCCCCCAUCGAGUCGCUCGCCUCGCAGGCCGACGCCCGCGCCGCCCUUGUUGACGCUAUCCUCGCCGGUGUCCUCACCGACGGCGACGACGGCGAGCCGGCCGGCUACAUCUUUGACUUUGCCGCCUCGCGCGCCCUCAAGGCCAUGGUCCGCGCCUCAGAGGCCGACACCGCCUCCGAGUUUGGCUUUAACUUUGCCGCUGCUCUCGUCGCCCGUCUCACCGACGCCGCCGGCAACGACGGUGCCCUCUGGGGCUCGUUGGCCACCUCGCGUGGCUCCGACUUUGUCCUCCUCUCGCUCCUCGAGUCGGACCUGACCGGCUCCGUCAUCGCCGACCACCUCGCCCCGCACGCCGACGCCAUCGCCGCCGCCUCCAACCCGGGCGCCAAGCACAUCUCCAAGCGCUUGUCCAAGUGAACGCACAAGCCGCCUGCCCAUCCCUCUCCCUUCCUCCCGCUACCUGCGCUCACGAUCGAGCGCCCGGAGUGCAGCGUCAAACCCGGCAUUAGGCUUACUCGCCGGCCGCGCUGCCCGGACCAUCGCC